AUGAUUAGUAGCCGGUAUGCGAUGGUGAACCUUGUGAAGACUAUGACUGGUGUAGGCGCGUUUGCGGUGCCUGUGGCAUUUCAACAGGCAGGACUUUGGAUGGGCAUAAUCCUUGCUAUCCUCCUAGGAGGAUUUGUGAAUGCACACUCGUUUGUGAAACUGGUCCGAUGUUCGCAAUAUCUUAGCAAAAAAAAACAACUCGAGCGCACCGAUACAAAUAAGGUAGCAACGAUGUCGAUACAAAUGACCAACUCUUUAGAAAACACUCGUCAUAACACUUCGGACACCUCCAAAAAUGGUUUAGAAAGGCGCACUUUCGAAAAACAAGUCGAAGAAACGAAAGUGAGGGAAGCUGAAGAAAAGAGAGUGGCUCUCAAUUAUGGCGACAUGGCAGGUGAAGCUUUUGCGACCCGGAAAUCCAAGUACUUAAAGAAACUGGCGAAACCAAUGAAGAUUGCUGUGAAUAUCUGCGUAAUUGGUCUACAAUUAGGGAUUUGCAGUGCGUUCUACAUUUUCGUUGUGGAUCACGCUAAAGAGGUGCUUGACCACCUCCUAUCCAAGGAUCUUUCGCGUGACAUGUUGUUCUUUGCUAUUCUGCCGUUUUUCAUUCUUGUUGCCACAGUUCGAAGCUUGGUUCUUCUCUCAUGGAUUGGUCUUAUUGGAAAUAUACUUGUUAUUGGCGCAAUACUUAUUAUAAUCGUGCAAAUGAUUCUUAUGAAGCACAUCCCUCUUUCACAGCUACCAGCUUUCACAACUAUCGAAGGUGUAACACUAGCUGCUGGUGGCAUUAUUUACGCCUUUUCUGCUCAAGGAGUGGUGCUACCACUGGAGAACAAAAUGAAGCGACCACAGGAUAUGCUCGGAUUUUUUGGUGUUAUAUCAUUAUCUUGUGCCCUUAUUUGCGUUCUGUAUUGUACCAGCGGAUUUUUGGGCUUUAUUACUUAUGGUGAUAGUUUGGAGGGCAGCAUCACUCUUAAUCUUACUAAUUCACCUUUGGAUUUCUCCGUUAAAGUGAUGCUGCUUUUGAUGACCUAUUGUGGAUAUCUUAUUCAGCACUAUCCGGUGGUCGAUAUGCUUAUGAAACCCAUAGAACAUCGUUUUGAGAGUUCUCCACGCUAUGUGAUCCUGUUGGUGGAAUACAUAAUUCGAUUUGCGGUCGUAUUCUUGACAUUCGGUCUCGCCUACGCUAUACCGAACUUCAAGGAAAUUAUUCCCUUUGUUGGUGUUACGACAGGAAUGAUGUUGUCACUGAUUUUCCCACCACUACUUGAAACAGUUGUAUUUUUUAAUCAAUGGAGAAGAGGAAACACCUUCAUGCUGGUCUUUAAUAAUUUCUUUCACGAGCGACGACAACGUUUGGAUUCUUCCCUGUUAUUUCAGCAUGUAUUAUCCUCACCUUUCUGCAAAAAAGUGUGUUUAUCCCUAGCGUUGGAUAAUUUUCGGCUGCUGGAGAAGGCAGUUUAUAAAGAAUUGUUACUAGAUUAG